AUGGCUCUAUGGCUGCAUCAGGAUGAUGAUGGAGGUCGUCCGUCGGGAGCCAUGGAGAUCAUCCACGGCAUCCGUCUUUGGGGGAAGCUCUGGUUUGCAAGUCGCCGAAUCAGUCGAUGCUUGCAUCGUCUAUUCUAUCCUUCCCAUAAUUACUCUUGUUGUCAUUCUCUUCGGGGGACGUGCAACUAUCUGGGCGUGCCCGUUUUCUUGAACUCCCGGGAUCGCCCACGAAACCGAGAAAGCUUUCUCUCAGAUCCAAUCCACUUUAUCCCACCCUUUUGUGCCUGUUGUUCGUUACUUGUGUGUCUUAAGCACUCGAAGCUGCAACCCGCCGACUCGGUCCUUCCCAAUCUCCCCUCGUCGAAUCGAGCGUCGUCCCUUUUUUCUCAGUCGAUCUUUGGUUUGAUCGAUCUAACGCACACUGAGCGUGCAAUUGACUUCGACUGCCCACUCUCCUCGAUUCUGCGAACUGUUGGUGACUCUCUCCGUCACCGCUUCGCUGGCUACUCUAGCAAAUUUCAUCCCACGUUGGACAAGCGCAGACGUCAUUUUUGGAAUGCUAGGGUCUCGAGACACUUACUAGUCUCUCUUGCAGUAUAG